AUGCUUUCAAGGCAUAAAAAUGUCUCUCUCAAGUUUGUGCUAUUCGGUUUUGCAUUUCUUGCUAUAGUUUUGCCUGUGCUGGCUCAGAACUGUAGCAAAGAUAGUCCCUGCGCAACUGGAUGCUGUUCAAAAGACGGAUGGUGUGGAACUGACGAAGAACACUGUGGUGCCGGCAACUGUGUUGACACCUGUGACUUCAAGCUCCAAUGUGACAAAAAUACUCCCUGUGAAUCAGGAUGCUGUUCGAAAGCGGGAUAUUGCGGAUUGGGGCCUGACUACUGCGGCUCUGAUGUUUGUGUCUCUGGAUGCGAUUCCAAGGCUGAAUGUGACCCUGGGUUUGGAUCGGAAUGGGCAGAGAAGUCCGAUUGCCCACUUAACGUGUGCUGCUCUGAAUUUGGCUUCUGUGGAACAACCAAAGAAUUCUGCGGCAAUAAAACUGUGAAGCAUGACACCUGUGAUAAAAAGACUGCUACUUUGGAUCGUGUUGUGGGUUACUACGAAGCAUGGUCGGUUCGUCGACCAUGCAAUAAAUUCUGGCCAGAGCAAAUCCCUCUCGGAAUCUAUACCCACAUCAACUUUGCUUUUGCUACUAUUGAUCCCGAAACAUUUGAGGUUCGUCCGGAUCGCACGACCGAUCUCAAAGUUCUCAGUCGAGUGACAGCCUUGAAGAGGCAAGACCCUGAUCUCAAAGUGAUGAUUGCUCUUGGUGGAUGGACCUUCAGCGACCCCGGGCCAACACAGAUGGUUUUCUCUGAUAUCGCUCGUUCAACAGAGAACCAGAAAAAGUUUUUCGCUUCUAUCACAAAAUUUCUGUCUACCUAUGACUUGGAUGGAGUGGACUUGGAUUGGGAAUACCCCGAGGCUGAAGAUCGCAAUGGUCGCCCGGAGGACUACAAGAAUUUCCCUACCUUUAUGGCCAAUCUGAAAAGCGCAUUGGACAGCACAGGCCGCAACGAGCUCUCCAUAACACUUCCUGCAUCAUAUUGGUACCUCCAACACUUUGAUAUAGUCAAGCUUUAA